CGCAGCCACGCCUCUACGAGUUGCCGUAACGGCCCAAAACUGCAAAAAAUUCAAUCCUCUCCCAAUUUCAAACAAAACCCUAAAAAUUGAACCCCCAAAAAAGCCUCAAUCAUAUUACACUUUCCCGUUUGAUCGAAUCUCCCAAAUCUAAACCCUGAAUUCAUUUCGACCCAUUUCGAAACCCCCAAAUCCCAUUUUGAAAAACCAAAAAAUUUCAAAUUUUGGCGUGGCAUACAGAUUCAAUUUCGUGGUCGAAUCUGAAGGAUGGGACUCAAGGUUUUGAUCUUUGUUCUUCUAUUGACAGUGAUAUCUUCUUCUUUGAUUGGCUGUCUCUCGGACUCAGCAAUCACAGAGACCUCCCUCUCCACUCGAAAUCUCAGAGCUUUGCACUCUCCCACUAUUGAGAGUGAGCUAGUGGUAGUGGCGGAUUUGGAUGGAAGAAUAUAUUUAGUGGACACUGGAUCAAGGAAAAUUCUGUGGUCUUUUGCGUCUGGACAGCCCAUUUACUCGUCGUAUCGGGCGGUUCUUAACAAUGACAAAGAUAAAAGCAAUGGCUCUGAACUGAGUAAUAGUGAUAAUGACUUCUAUAUAGAUUGCGGUGAUGAUUGGUCACUUUAUCUGCAUAAAAAGAGCUUCAAGAAAGUGAAAAUUGGAAUGAGUGCUGGAGAUUAUUUGAAAAAUGCUCCAUACAUUUCAGAGGAUGGAGGAGUCACGGUAGGAUCAAAGAAAACCACUGUUUAUCUUGUUGAUGCCAAGUCCGGUAGAUUAGUUAAUACUUAUAAGUUGGAUGGUUAUCCUUCCGGAUCGGCACCUCAAGGUGCUGAAGAAAACCCAGUUUUAUCGGAUGAAGAUGGUGAGGAAUUGGUAGAGUUUGGUGCUUUGAACUUGGAAACAGUUGAGCAGCCACUUUACAUUAUGAGGACAGACUAUUUACUCCAACAUUAUUCAGCAGACAAUAGAAAAGUCUUGUGGAAUGUGACUUUUUCUGAAUUUGAUGCUCAUUUUAAAAAUCAAAAACUAGAGAGUUCUUUUGGUGGGAUUUCUCCCAAAUCAGAGAAUGGGUUUAGUUUAGAGUACGGGGGUGAUGUUGACUCACAAUUGCUUUAUCUUUCAAAGCCUAGUGUCCUCCGAAUUCGUGAUCAUAUAUGGUUGGAAUCUCUUCCUGCAUUCAAUAGAUUAGUAACUGGUCUUUCUGGAGGCAGCCCACUCUCUCUGCCUGCUGCUGAACGCAAGUCUUCCUCAGGGGCUGCUGACCUAUUACAACUGGCUCCUCCCAGAAAUGAAGGCAGACAAGUGCUUGCUUUGCCCGCUUCUGAGGAUGAGAACCCUGGGGCUUUUGAGGAUGAGAGCCCUGGGGUCUUGGUUAGGCAAGGUUCCCAAAUAAGGACUUUUAUCCCUUUUCUUUCAGCUCUUAUGUGCAUUAUGGGCGUUAUCUUUUACCCCUAUUUAAGAUUUGGAGAAUGGCUUAAGUUGAAUAGGCAUAGAGAGGAGCUCAAUAUACAUGCUGGGACUCCCAAAAAGAAGAAAACUCGGAGAUCGGGAAACAAUAAGAGAAGUUCCAAUAAUCAGAGAAUGCCAGAUGAUAUCUCGCCUGAGAAUAAAGUUGGAGACACUAAAGGAAUUCCACACAUUGAAGGAAAUGAAUUAAAAUAUCUUUUUGAUCGUGUAGAUGUUCAUGUUGAUGGACGUAGUAUUGGUAAGUUACUUGUUUUUAACAAAGAAAUUGCUAAGGGAAGCAAUGGUACCAUUGUACUUGAGGGAAUUUAUGAUGGUCGUCCUGUAGCCGUUAAACGUCUUGUGAAGACCCAUCAUGACGUGGCUUUGAAAGAGAUUCAGAAUCUUAUUGCUUCUGAUCAGCAUCCAAAUAUUGUUCGUUGGUAUGGGGUGGAAGAUGAUCAAAAUUUUGUUUAUCUUGCUUUGGAGCGUUGUACUUGUAACUUAAAUGAAUUUAUUUUCUUAUGCUCUGAAUCUUUUCAAAGUGAAAUAAUUACCAAGGAUCAAUUCUCAAACUUCUUGGAUGAGCAUACUGCUCAAUUACAGUCAAUAAAGGAAAACAACAAGAAUGUUAAAUUGUGGAAGGAGAAUGGAUACCCAGCACCCCAGUUGCUAAAAUUGAUGAGAGAUGUGGUUUCUGGGCUUGCCCAUUUGCAUGAGCUUGGAAUUAUACACCGGGACCUAAAGCCUCAAAAUGUUUUAAUAAUAAAGGAGAGAUAUUUGUGUGCAAAGAUUUCAGAUAUGGGUAUUAGCAAACGUCUUAGCAGAGACAUGUCUGCUUUCAGCCAGCAUGCUACUGGUUGUGGGAGCUCAGGUUGGCAAGCACCCGAACAACUUCUCCAUAGGCGCCAAACACGUGCUGUGGAUUUGUUCAGUUUAGGUUGUGUUCUCUUUUUCUGUGUCACGGGGGGUAACCACCCAUAUGGGGACAGUAUUGAACGUGAUGUGAAUAUUGUGAACGAUCGCAAGGACCUGUUCUUAGUAGAGAAUAUACCAGAAGCUGUUGAUCUUUUCUCUAAUCUUUUGGAUCCCAACCCAGAUAUUAGGCCAAAGGCUACUGAUGUAUUGCAUCAUCCUUUCUUUUGGGAUUCAGAGAUGAGACUCUCAUUUCUUCGAGAUGCCAGUGAUCGGGUUGAAUUGGAAGACAGGGAGAAUGAAUCUGAGCUCUUAAAUGCAUUAGAAAGCAUUGCAGCAGUGGCAUUGAAUGGGAAAUGGGAUGAAAAGAUGGAAGCCACAUUUCUCAGUAACAUUGGUCACUACAGGCGAUAUAAGUUUGACAGCAUUCGCGACUUACUACGUGUCAUACGGAACAAAUUGAAUCAUUAUAGGGAGCUUCCUCAAGAAAUUAAGGAAUUAUUGGGGCCAGUUCCUGAGGGAUUUGACAGUUAUUUUUCAAGUCGAUUUCCAAAACUCUUAAUUGAGGUUUAUAAUGUGAUUUGCAGGUACUGUAAAGAGGAAAAAUUCUUUCGUAAAUAUAUUAACAGCAGCCCAAUUUAAUUUACUCUCGCUCCCUUCUUGUUCCUCCCCAACUGUUGUAUUCUAGAAUCUAAAUUUUGCACAGUUAUGUAAAUAUAAAUUUCAUUAUAUGGCAAACACUUGUGUACAUCUGGUAAUAAAAAAAAAAAAAGUGUAUGCC